AUGUUUCUCGCAAAUGCAAACGGUGCUCAGCUCGAAUUCGAAGAAUAUUUUCAAGACCUCUGCACAACAGGAAGUGUGCUUGCUUCAAACAGUCAUCCAAAUCCCGUUUCUGAUAAAAACUUCAACAAUAAUCAGUGUAAUGAUCAAAAUCCUAAUUCUAAUCAGUGGAAUGAGAAUCAAUUCUCUGGUGGAUCUCUAUUUAAUGGAGGAUAUAGACCUUCACGUGGUGGACUCCACAAUGCUCUCAAGCUUGGCAGAGCUCUCCAUCCACUAGUUCGAAUCAAUGGACAAAUAGAUAAAUUCAGUGGCCAUCUUAUGCCAAUAAGUGGAUCUCCAAUCCUAAUCAAUGGACUCCUAGCACCAGUCAGUGGAAUCCCAGGGGACAUGUACCUGCCACUUAUGCUGCCAGGCCUAAUGCAGCACCUCGGUCAGGAGACACACACUUUCACUCACCUCACACUACUCACUAUUAGAAACCUUCGUAAAGUAGUGGACCUUGAGGUGAAUCAUAAUAUGCCCAAGAUUUGGAGAGAUUACAAGAGGAAACGUGAAAAGGCAUUGGAUGCUGAGUUGGCAGAGGCUUGA